AAAAUGCAAUCGUUUAUCAAUCCCGAGUAAUACAACCAACAACGCAGUAACUAAUGGUGAAUUUACUUCGAUCUCAUACUAAAAAAUAGUAAACCAAGACACUCUAGAAACGAUAGGAGACAAAAUUCUCGAUUCUACAAGAAUCUCUAAAGGCUUGAAGUUAAAAAGCUGGUUUUUUUUUAAAUACAAGAAUAAAAAGUAGGCUUCUUCCCUUGCGACGUGGCUGCUCCUGCCAGCGUGAAAUCUCAGAACAAGUGGAUUUACGAACAAGUGAAAUUCAACGAAAAUGACUCUUCUUGACGAGAAAUCGCAGUCGCUAAAAGUUGGCGACUGGAUCAUUAUUGGCGCCUAUUUCGUACUAUGUCUUGGCGUAGGGCUUAUUUCUAAAUUCAGAAAGAACCGAGGCAAAACCGAAACAGCCGAAGGUUAUUUCUUGGCUGGAAGAUCUAUGAUGUGGUGGGCGGUUGGCCCCAGUCUUUUUGCCAGUAACAUCGGCAGUGAACAUUUUGUUGGGCUAGCCGGCUCUGGUGCAGCUACUGGUAUCGGUGUGGUGUCAUACGAAUGGCAGGCCUGUUGGAUUCUGCUCCUUCUUGGCUGGGUCUUCGUACCAAUCUACCUGAAGUCAAGGGUAUUUACCAUGCCUGAAUACUUAAAAAAGCGAUUCCAGAGUCGUUGGGUCCGGACCUAUUUGACUGCAGUAGCUCUCAUUUCUUAUGUAUUUACCAAAACAUCCGUUGAUAUUUAUGCUGGAAGUGUUUUCCUCUAUGAAGCAGUGGGAUGGGAUAUCUACAUUUCUGCUGCUAUUAUCCUUGUAAUUACGGCCAUCUACACCCUUCUUGGUGGUCUCAUGGCCGUCAUUUUCACUGAUGUGCUACAAUGUGCCAUCAUGAUCAUCGGGGCUAUCGUGCUGGCCAUAUUGAGCUUCAUCAAAGUCGGCGGAUACGAUGGCCUGUGGAGCAAAUACGGAUCAGCCAUAGGCAAACCAUACAUCCCGCCUGUUGCUGCAAACUCAACAUUGCUCAACGCAUCCUAUGCAAUGAUGAAUACGACCAACAGCACGACAAGCAGUUGCUACAAACUUACUCCAUACUGGGGCAACAUGUUCAGGCCUCUAGAUGACCCUGAUUACCCCUGGUUGGGACUGUGGACGACCCUACCCAUUAUGGGUGUAUGGUAUUGGUGUACUGAUCAGGUCAUUGUCCAACGUGCUCUCGGAGCCAAGAACAACACACAUGCAAAAGCAGGAUCCAUCUUUGCUGGUCUCCUCAAGAUUUUGCCCAUAUUCAUCAUGGUCAUGCCUGGUAUGAUCAGCAGAGUUCUCUUCCCAGACUCCAUCGGUUGCUCGGAUAGUGCCAGCUGUCUACACUAUUGUGGCAACAAAUGGGGAUGCACCAACAACGCAUAUCCAAAGCUGGUAUUGAACGUGAUGCCAACUGGUCUUGUUGGUCUGAUGUUGGCUGUCAUGAUGUCUGCUCUUAUGUCAUCUUUGUCUUCAGCCUUCAACAGCAGUGCCACCAUUUUUACCGUGGAUGUCUGGCUGAUUUUCAGGCCAAAGGCAAAAGAAAGAGAAAAGCUUAUUGUUGGGCGUAUGGUUGUUCUUUUGUUGGUUGGAGUCAGUCUUGUGUGGCUGCCUAUUAUCCAAGGUGCUCACGGCAGCCAGUUAUUCGUGUACAUACAGAAAAUCCAGUCUUAUCUUGCUCCACCAAUCACGAUGGUAUUCGGACUAGGUAUCCUGUGGCCUGGUCUGACCGAGGCUGGCGCUCUAUCUGGUCUCUUGAUUGGCUUCCUCAUGGGAAUGUUCAAGUUUAUCUUUGGAAACGUCUACAGUCCUCCCGAAUGUGGCCAGCCUGACAACCGACCAGGCUUUGUCAAGAUGCAUUUCAUGUAUUAUGCUAUCAUCAUUUUUGGCGUAAGCGGGUUUAUCAUGGCAGUCGUGAGCUUCUUCACCAAACCCGUCCCCAGAAACGAGCUGGGUGGCCUCACGUGGUCCACAAUUAACGAACCACCUAUUGCUUGUGGUGCUAUUGGAGAAGAAGGCAUAGAGCCUGACCCAGAACGUAUAGCUAACGGUAAAGCUCGUCCCACGAACCCAGAUGCCGUUCAGCUAUUGGAAAUGAAGGACGAGACCAAGGAGGAGACUAAGAACGAUGAAAAGAAAGAAGUUGAGAAAAGCCCAGGACAGUUUACCAACGAUGUGUACCUCGAGAUUGUACACUUCAAUGGAGAGAGCUUACUUGUGAAAUGGGUCCUGAGGCUGACAAGCCUUCUCGUCUUGGCUACCCUUGCUUUCCUGUGGACGUUCUACCGCUAAGAAUGUUCAGGGAAGAAAGAAACUAAAAGGUUUCGUUUCUUUUACCUUUACCAUGUUAAGUUUGCUUCUAUCUUACCCCAGUGGAUCAGAGGUUUUUAUUCUGGUAUUCACAGGUCAGUCAAAUAGGAUAUUCAAAGGAGUGCUGCAGGCCAAGUGUUACCGAUAAAAGAAAAAAAUAUGACCUCUGAUUAUCUUGGGGAUUCGGGGAAUACACUUUCGGUUUUUCACUGUAAAUACUCUGUAGGAUAGUGAAUGCACUUCCGGAAAACAUUUACCAUUUUAGUUAUAAAAAACACUUUCACAGCUCGUCUAGCCUAAACUUUGUCACUUGUAUUAGAUCAUUGUUUUGGUGUCAGUAGAUCAGUCACAGUUUUUGGAUAUUUUACUUUUAAAUACUACGAAAGAGAAUUAAAAAAAUCAGUGGGAACUCCAGUAAUUAGUAUAGCCAAAUAAAUAAUUUAGCUUUAAUAAGUCAAAACACCGCGUGUACAGUAAUGCAGUUAUUAGAUAAAAUAUCAUAAGAGUGGAAAGGCCUUGGCCUAUUAGACUGAAGUAGCGUAAGAGUGAGCAAACGGGUGCAUGCAUAAUAAGUCAAUAUUGUACUGGGAUGUAACUGCAUAUGGACAAUCUAGGAUUUUUUUUUCGUUUAUCCAAAGGGAUAUUUAUUAAGGUGUGGUAAAAGUUAUAGUUUGUGUGGUGUUGGAAAGGGUCGAUGCACGAAUUCAACAACGUACGACAUACUCAGUCAGGAAUAUUGACUUCUCUCGUCAAAAUUUAAAGAACGAUAUAUUAGACUAUACCAAUUCAAAUUUGAGAACAUCAAUUUGGUUCAAAGAUUAUAUUUAAAGAAAGAUAUUUCAGUUGACUUUAGAUUAUAGCAAUUCAAAUUUAAUCAAUUGGGUUUUAAAAUUAGAUUCAAAGAAAGAGAUUUCAGUAAACUUUAGAACUAUAACUAAUUCAAAUUUGAGAAGAUCAGUUUGGUAAGGCAUAAUUUAUCGUAAAAGUGAUGUUCAGUCAUUGUAUUCUUUACAGUGUCUGCCAUCUAUCAUACUGUAUACCAAAAUGGUAACGUCGUGUUGGAUGCAAAUGUUUCCACCCCAUAUGUAUAUAUUAAAACUUCUACAAAUUCUCGAAACAUUUAAAAUACUAUUUUAGAGUGUUUAAAAUUCAAAAUUUGUACUUUUGUUGAAGAAACAAAUUGAGGACAAUUUUAUAAGGACCUUUAAUACGACGUUUGCAUGAUGACGUCAUUGACCUCUACUACCAGACUCCCUUGCACACUUUCUUUUGUUCAGUUAAUUAGCACCAAUUGUGUUAGUAUUCUCAUGAGGGAAUGCAAAUUUAAAUAAGAAAGAAAAUUCACGAACCAUCUUGGGGUUGGGAGUCCAAUGACGCCAUCAUGCAAACGUCCUAUCGGUAGUUAAAAGAGAUAGUUAAGAUUCUAGUUGUGUCCUAAUUUUCUAUACCUUUUCUGACUAUUUAAUUGGAAAACUUGUACAAGAUGAUAAAAAUCUUAUUAAUAAUAUAUGAAUUUCAAGGGUAAAGUUAAAACCAAAUUUAGUUUUGUAAACUUGUCCGAGUUCUACUGAAUGAUUGUAAUAAAUGUCUAAAAGGGAAAA